CUUAACCUUUCCUUCCUUUUUUUCUUCUUUUUCUUCUUCUUUUUCUUCUUCUUUUUCUUUUGUUCCUUCUACUUUUCAGUCUCGGUUCCUACGAACCCCCAUCGCUGUCUUGAGACGCAUCGUCGUCCAUUUCAACUUCGCCACCGCGAAGGUCACUUCUGUCCAACACCUUUCCCAUUCGAAACUUCCUUCAUAUCAUGGACACACCGCCCAAAGCAGACGUCGUCCAGGCGGAUGCGGUGCCCGAGAAGGCGGCCCCUUUGCCUGGCUACAACAACACGGGCCGCUCGAAGGAGGCUGCCGAAACCACCCAGCAGGAGAGCUUCUUCACGCGGAAUGGCCUCAACUUGACGUCGUUCAAGAGGCGCGAAUAUGGCCGCGGGAUUGUCGAGCUCGACCGGGCGAUGAAGACCCGCCAUCUUCACAUGAUUGCGAUUGGCGGUUCUAUCGGUGCCGGGUUUUUCGUCGGUUCGGGCGGUGCUCUUGCCACAGGUGGUCCUGCAUCACUCCUCAUCUGCUUCGCCAUCGUGGGUGUCAUGAUGUUCAACGUCGUCUUUGCCCUCGGUGAACUGGCCGUCAUGUACCCCGUAUCCGGAGGCUUCUACACGUACUCGACUCGCUUCAUCGACCCGUCGUGGGGCUUCGCCAUGGGCUGGAAUUACGUCUUCCAGUGGGGGAUCGUAUUACCGCUGGAAUUGACCGUGUGCGGCCUGGUGAUCGAAUACUGGACCGAUCAAAUCAGCGUGGGCGUCUGGAUCACGGUAUUCUGGCUGGCCAUCAUUAUCGUCAAUAUCUUCGGCAGCAUCGGAUACGCCGAGGAGGAGUUUUGGUCGUCCAUGCUCAAGCUGUCGGCCACGGUCAUCUUCAUGGUCAUCGCUCUCGUCCUGGUGUGCGGCGGCGGUCCAUCGAGCGGGCAGUACGACGAGUACUGGGGAGCCCGGCUAUGGUACGAGCCAGGAGCGUUCCGGUACGGCUUUAAGGGGUUCUGCUCCGUUUUCGUAACGGCGGCGUUCUCCUUCUCGGGAACAGAACUCGUGGGGCUCGCGGCCGCCGAGAGCAAAAACCCGGCCAAGUCGCUUCCCGGCGCCAUCAAGCAGGUGUUCUGGCGGAUCACAUUGUUCUACAUCCUGGGCCUGUCCUUCGUCGGCUUGCUGAUCCCUUCGAACGACCCGCGGCUCAUCGCGUCCAAUGCGUACUCGGACGUCAACGCGUCCCCCUUCGUGCUGGUGGGCCUGUACGCCGGGCUGAACGGGUUCGACCACUUCAUGAACGUCGUCAUCCUGGUCUCGGUCCUCUCCAUCGGCGUGAGCGGGGUGUACGGCGGCUCGCGGACGCUGACGGGCCUGGCGCAGCAAGGCUACGCGCCCAAGCUGUUCACGUACAUCGACCGCUCCGGCCGGCCCCUCCCGUCGGUGAUCGCCAUCAUACUGUGCGGCCCGCUCGCGUACAUCAACCUCAGCGCGUCGGGGCCCGAGGUGUUCUCCUGGCUGCUCGCGCUGUCGGGCCUGGCGGCCAUCUUCACGUGGGGGUCCAUCUGCCUGGCGCACAUCCGGUUCCGCAGGGCCUGGGCCCACCACGGCCACACGUUGGACGAGAUCCCGUUCCAGGCGGCGGGCGGCGUGUACGGGUCGUGGCUGGGGCUGGCUCUGUGCUUCGUCGUCUUGGCGGCGCAGUUCUACACGGCCAUCGCGGCGCCGACGGGGCAGUCGGGGCUCAACGACGUGAGGGGGUUCUUCAAGUCGUAUCUUGCGCUGCCGAUCGUGCUCCUGUUCUGGCUUUGCGGGUUCCUGUGGAAGCGGACGGGAUGGCUGCGCACGCACCAGAUGGAUGUGGACACGGGACGGCGACAGGUGGACUGGGAGGCGAUUAACGCGCAUAGAGCGCAUGUGCGGUCGCUUCCGGCUUGGAGACGCCUUCUGUACAAACUCGUCUAAUGGUAUUUGGUUUGGUUUGGUUUGGUUCGCUUUGCUUUGCUUUGCGUUUCGAGGGUUGGUCAUUGUACUAUAUUAUAUGCCGGUGUUUACUGGAGUAGAUGUCUCGCUGAUACUAUUUUACGCACAUAGACACUAGAUAUUGAGGGACCAG